GGAAGCUACAGGUUGCGUAAGACUACAGGAACAGAAAGUAAAACUUAAAUCUGGAAGGUUUUCCACGCAUUGCUCACUGUGAUUUUUUUUUUUUUUUACUCCAUAUGGAUCAAUGAUCCCUGUAAAGGUUUUCAGGACACUACAAGUCACUACUUAUAUGGUGUUGUGGAAACUACAACAAGAGAUACAUCUGCACUGAAAACUAACUCAAGAAUUAGAAUAACUCUCUUCCGGAAGAAUAUGGCAAUGAAUGCUGCCAUCCUGGGUGGUGUGAUCGGGGGUAUAUUCCAGUUAGUCCUCUUUGCUGGGGUUGUUGCCUUCUUGGUGUAUCUUUGCUGCUGGUGUCAUAAGAAGUGCCGCAAAAGGAGAAACCGAGCUCAGCUCAAUGUGGUAAACACGUCUACUGUCGUCCACGUACCUCAGCCACUUCCCCCUGCUGGAUAUCAGCCAUCCUACCCAGGGUACCAGCCUGUAUAUUACCAACAUGGAUACACUGCCAUGCCCAUGCCCAUGCCCAUGCCCCCUGGAGCUCCACCAUCAUACCUGGAAGCUACUGAUCCAGCUCACGCUCCACUCUCAGUGGCUCAGGGUCCGCAGAUGAACCCGUUUCCCAACUACCCCCAGCCAAUGCAACCAUAUUCAGAUGAAAGUGCACAGAAACCCUACAACCCUGCUUACUGUCCAAAUGUCUAAACCAGACAGACCAGCCAUUCCCACUCUGACUGCAGAUGAUGUGUGUUAAACUAUGUGGAUGUGCCUAUACAGGAUGCUGCAUUCAUUUCUCUUUCUUGUCAAUUUUUUAUUAUCCAUGUUUUAAUGUGUGCAGCUUUGCUAUAGGCCACUGUCUCUGAUGCUGCUUGUCAUGGGUUAUCAUUUAUGGAUAAAAGCCAUGACCGUUUUGUUUUCUAUAGUGAUCCAAAACCACAAAUAUUAAUCUCAGCACUUUGACAAAGAAUCCCUUUAUUGGAUGUUAAAAAUACAACUUAAGAGGAGUAAUGCAAUUACCAAAACACUAUUUAGGAAACAGUGAAAAAACAGAAUAUUAGAAGUGCAGGUUAAGCUACUGUUAAAGCAUUUUCAGGUCAAAUACAGUAUAACUAGUUUUUGCACCUUUUUUGUAUAGUAAACUUAAUUUGCCACUAGAGGUCGCCUCUGUGUCUCUAGUGAAAGCUCAGAGAUGCAGUUAAACUCCUUAAUGUCUUGAUUCUGUGUGGCUUUUAUCACUGUUGUGGAAAUGACAUUGACAGGUACUGCUACACAACAAGUAAUGACCUCAAGAAUGACCAUUACACUGUCCUGAAAGUUGCACUCCUAGAUCUGUUUUUGAAUCAAUUUUCUGUCUCUACGAUGGGAAAAAAAAAUCAUUACAGUCACAAGAUAAGAUGUUUUCUGGUUGUAUUUUGUAAUAUGUUUAAAAGCUGUCAGUAAAGUUAGUUUUUUUUCUUUAGCCUCAGCUUGAGUUUGAGAAGAGUCACAACCUCUUAUCUUUUGAGCCACAUUGUUUUGACAUUUAGCUUCCUUUCUUUAAAAUGUUAUAGUGAUCUAAGAAAAUAAAAAACAACCUGUUUGGCAUUAAAAGUUUAACUACCUGUGAGUUUUUGGGAGCAAUUUUCACAACAAAAUCCACUCAUUUCCUUUGUCCUUGUGACUUAUAACCAACCUAAGUUUAAGGCAUCUAAAGAUUUUGGAUGUUUUGAUCAUUUCUGUCCAAGUUUAUGUAUAAUAUGUUCAUUUUUUUUGUGUGUAACAGUUUAUUUGUGAAGAGUGUGCUUGAGCUUCAUUUUUGUAGUUAAAUACUCUGCUGUCCACCUGCGUUUUCUGUGAAUUCUGUUUUUAUAAAAACAUCAGGUCUGUUAUUCUGGCCAGCGUUCAAAGUGGGAGUGUUUUUGUGUUUAUAGAUUACACCCAUUUUCUAUUAAAAUAAAGUUGUGUUCUUGU